AUGAAUAAUAAUGAACUUCCAAUUUAUUUUGAAAAUAAAAAGAAACAACUUUUAACUAUGAUAAAUGAAACAAUUGAAAAUGGUAAAUCAUUUAAUGAAAAUGAAUUAUUAGAUGAUAUGCUACAAAGAGAAUUAAAUAAAGGUUAUUGUAAAAUAUUUUCAUCAUUAUGUGGUAUUUCAAGUGAAUUAAAAACAGAUGGAGAAAAUUCAGAUUCUUUCAUAGAAUUCCUUUUACCAACGAUUUUAAAAAGAUUAAAAUACUCAUUUCCAGCUCUUAAAGUAACAUUAUUUUCAAUUGUUUGUGUAUUACUUGAAGAAUGUAGUGAAGAAUUUACAUCAACCAAUAAUUUCCACACUAUAAUGAAUACAACUAUUGAAUUUGGAUUUCAAAAUAACAAAAUCUAUACAAACUUUUUAAUUAGAAAUUCAUCAUGUUGCAUUGGCACAUGUGCAAAGUUAUGUAAAAAUGAAAAUUAUAAAGAUAAUUUUAGACCAUACAUUUCUAAAUCAAUAGAUUUAUUAUUAAAUUGUUUACCUAAAAAUGGUGAUGGUGAUGGUGAUGGUAGUGGUAGUGGUACUACUAUCGAUAUUAAUCAAGUUGAAUAUGAUGGUGCAAAAGAAAAUAUUAUAUCAGCAUUGGGUAAGAUAAUUUUAAACCAAAAUGAAAUGAUUUACUCAGAAUUACCAAUUUUGAUAAAUACUUUUUUAAUUAAUUUACCAAUAGUUGAUGAUAUUCCUGAACUACAUUCAACUCAACAAACUAUCAUUUAUUUAUUAUUAAAUCAUGCUCAAUUUGUUUUUACAAAUUUUUAUUUUACAAAUCAAAAUCAAGAUGAAAUUUUAUCAAAUAUUUUCACGACUUUUGCAAUUGCAUCAAUUAAUGAAAAUGAAUUACCUUCAUCUGAUAUCAUUAAAGUUCAAAAAAUAUUUCAAAAACAUGAAAUAAAACAAAUACCAAAAAUAGAAAAAGAAGAACAUAUUUCAAUAAUUUUAUCAAUGUUUAAUGAAUUGUUUAAUUAA